UUCCGCUUUCAAUUUCCAUUCACUCUGACACUCAACACAAAGAGUCACACCCAGUCACCAGUCUCUUGUUAUUCAAGCAAGGGGCACGAGGAAGUAUCAACAGCCACAAGCCUUUUCCCAGCUGCUGCUCUCUGCUUCCCAUCUCUGCUAUCUUCUGGAAUAAAGGUGUCUUUGCAAAAGAAAAGUAAGCUUACAAGAUGUGGAGAGCCUUGGCAAUUACUCUGUGCCUGACCUGCUACCUUUGGACUGUUGCUGAUUCAUCAGCUGUAGUGGAGAAACGUGGCGACUUGAGUAUAUCAAGGUCACAGCAGGAGAUGGUGAAGAUUGUGCAAAGGGCCAUCAUGUUCAGGAAAGAUGCUGCUCAAUAUGGAAGUGUUCCAGGCAUGUCCCCAAACAACUCGUGUGCCUGUGUGAACUACACCUGUGGGUGUUGUCUCCAUUUGGAGGUGGAGAAGAUACACCUCAACGAUACAGGAUGCGUCAACAUUUCUUAUCUUCCUGAAGAGUAUGGACUUGAAGUAGAUGUGACUCUGGAUGGUCGGAUUGUCUAUCAAAAGAAAAUAUCAGCUAAGAAUCCACCUCCAGUCUGUGCACCAAUCCCAUACGUCCACAAACUGGCUGACCUCUGCAUCCGGUUCUACAACCUGUCUGUUCAUGGCAAACAGUUCUCUGGCUGUGCAGACAUUGAGUUCACCUUGGAAGGCAUUACAGUCAAAACAUUCAACAUUGGUUGCUUCCAGAUUCCUCCCAGCCGUCAGAUACAGAUGAUAAAAAUUAUGGAAUCAGUUGUACUCUCAGAAGCUUCACUCAUGCCCUAAACAGAACUGACCAGAUGCUCACGAUGGAAAGUAAAAUGUCCUGUUUGAUUGCCUAUAAUAAUGCUUGCGAAACCUAGUUCCCACGAGUCUGUAUAUUAUUUCUAGAACAGAUUGCUAUGCUUGCAGUUUUAAUUUUUUUACCAUUUUGAAAGUAUAAAUUAUAAACAGGUGAUUGAUCAAGUUUCUCUUCUGACCUCAUUUUGUCCCAUAUACUUGAGCUCUAGACUGGGGCUUGACUAACGUUGAGUCUGAGUUCUUUGAAUGUGAGUUUCACUGUACUGUUAUAACUUUUUUGUUGUAAAUAUACCAUGUUAUUUGAGUCUAUUAUAAUUAUUAUUUUCAUCAAUUGACACAGUGUAGAGGGAUAAAGAUUUGAGUCUCCAGCCCUUUUAAAAUUGUGCUUCGUGCUCUGUGUCUCUGAUAGUAAUGUACACUGAAGUUAUUUGAUUUGCCACAUUUCUUAUGACUUGUAUUCUAUGCCUUGCUUUUCCUUGUAUGAGUACAGUGUACAUUGUAAAAACAUUUUAAUAGCUCUGUCCUUUUGAAGCUGUGAUUUAUCAAUUUAAAGCAUCACUGUCCGUCAUUUAUUUCGUUGCUGCUGUUAAUAAUAAUAAUAAUAAUAAUUAAUUAUUAUUAUUACUAUCUAUUGCUAUUAUUGUAUGUUGUCUUUAUUUUUCACCAAGUUUUCUCUCUAUCCUGGCCCAGUUGACUCACGAAACUGCUGAUCUUCACCCUUCAUGUUAACAUUCUAUGCCAUGACUGUUUCCUGUUGACAAUGAGCCGAUGUAUUAACCUCAAACAUUUCAAACAAGGAAUUUUAAUCACCUGUGACUGACAGCAGAGUCUGGUUUUGUCAUGGAGUGUUGGGACUCAUCACAGGCUAAUAUUAUAAUGUGCCUUAAGAAUUUUUGAAAGAAAUUUAGUUGGGUUUUUUUGUUGUUUUUUGCAUUGUGAUUUUGAAAUGAAACUAAAAAUGUGCUUUUUUUAUUGGAUUUAUAAGAAAUGAGCUGAAAUUAUUGGUUGUAAUGUUUAUAUUCUUUUAAUUGCAACUAAUUUCUAAUCAAGCUUUUAAUAUUUUGUCAUCAAGCUAUUUACGUGUUUGAAACCAAGAAUUUAAAACUUUUUUAUUUCAAUUUCUUAGCUUUAUGCGUCACAUGUACUCAAGAAAUAUUUUGCUGAGCUUCAAAUUCAAAGAGUUGAAAAGGAUCAAAUAAAUAUAUUGUCCUAAGCCAA